AAAAAGUCCUUUUAAAAAAUUAACAACAGCGAAAAUAACAGCAUAUUUCUACUUGAUUUAGUUUCACGAAAAAAAAAAAAUAACAUAUAAGAAAAAAUAGUAUGACUUUAAGAAUAAGAAAAUAAAAGAUUUCUAUUUCUAAUAUUCCACAAUUUAACAGAAUAGAGACACUUACGUCUUUAUUCUUUGGCAAUAUAAAGAACGGUUAAUGAUAUAAAUAAUGCAUAAAAGUAUAAUGAUACGAAAAUUUCAAUUUUAAAUUUAAAUCAUUAAAACGCCACAGGCCUGGAAAUAUGAAUAGCCCUCUCGCUUCAAAGUAAAAUGCGUUUAACCUCAUAUCGCAAUUAAAAGCUAAUAAGUAGUUAAAAUUUUACAUUAUAUUAAAAUUCAUUUGUUUGUUCGAAGCAUAUAAACCGGAUUUUUUUAGCGAUCCUGCUCAGUUGGUAAUACAAAAUGGCAUUGGCGUACAAGACUCUCAUCGGUGAUAACCGUAAGGGAUAUGCGCCACAUGAAAAACUGUAUUUUAGUCCUGGUGAAAGUCUAUCUACCACAGUUGAUAAAAUGUUUGACAUUAUUGAUAAGACAAUCAAAGAUUUAGAAACAAAUAGAGGGCCAAUAGAAGAGUUUGUGAUCGGUAAAACAUUUGCUAGAAAGAGGAAAAAACAGUCUUUCGACCCAACCAACUUCAAAACAUGGAAACUAGAUGGUGGUGUAAAUGGACGAUGGAAUUCGAAAUACAAAUAUGAAGGGUUCGACGGGCUUAUAGUCCUUUGUGCUUUCACAAGAGAAUCGCUUCCCAGAAAAGAUUCUGAAGAGGAUGAAGAUGAUGAAGAGGCUGAAGAGACUGAACCUGGUCCGCUGUUCAACCACCAAGAUUACUCGCUGGCUGUCGAACAACAGCUGAUCCACCGCUUUGCUUAUGAGAAAAUGGAUCCAAGAUUGGGCAACUGUUCAUUGAGUACCGGAAAUGUGGAAAAGAAAGGCGCAAAAGCGUACGUCAUUUAUAUGGCCUUUAAACUCGAUCGUGAAGAAUGACUGGAAUAUGACAACCAUUCAAAAUUCAAAAUCUGUAUCCGUUAAAACUUCAAAACCCUGUGCAUUUUAUAUAUGUUUUAACAUUUGUGUAAAGUUUGAGGAUUUGACAUUUUGUAAUUUUAGAGAAAUCUUGAACUUGAAUGUCCAUGUGUUUACAUUUUUAUUAGUCAAUUUCAUAUGUGGCUAGAACUGGACAAUGAAAAUGAUUUAUUAAAAACAUUUAGAGGCAUUGUUCAGAGCUGAAACUUUAGUAUCAUGUCAAGGGUGAUAUUGUUCUAAUUAUAUUGAUUUUUGUAGCUUUUUCAGAUGUCUCCUUUUAAAACAUGCCUGUAGAUAUGAACAUCUAAUUUGGGCAGCCAUAUUGGAUAAUUUUGGAAGAAUUUUUGUCAAUGUUUUGACACUUUAGUUAGGUACUUUUAAAUUAUUAUUUGUAAUUUAAAAUAUACUGAUAAGGUGGAGUGUUUUCUCUAGUAUUUGUUUAUGUAAUUGGUUUUUGAUAACAUUUAAUCUAUUUCUUGCAUCUGAUGAGAAAAGGUUUGCAUAUUUGGAAAAUGUCAUUGACCAAUUAGAUUGCAGCAUUUUGGUGCUUCUCUAUAUUAAUAAUAAUAUAUGGGCUUAUCAGUUAUUUCUUUUGGACUUAACACUUCUUCUUAGCUUGGAAAUUAUUUAAAAUUUAGAGCCAAUUUUAGGAACUUUGGACUUUAUUUCUGUUGGAGAAUAAAUUAGAAUUUGUAGUGUAUUUUAUUUUCUCAGAAAUAUACUGAGAUUUAAAUGUA